ACACGCUAUGGUUACCGCGGCUUCGUCAGAUGCACGUUGACAUGUUUUGACUUUCAAGUUUACGGACAAGAGUCUAUUUCCCCGGGCCACGAUAAGCUGUCGUUACCAUGGCAACAUCAAGACAUCAGAAGGAACAGGAAGAGCAGAGGGAUGCUGGGAAUCAGCCUCCGGAGAAGAAGAAGAGGAAGAGAGACAAGAAGUUACAGAACGCCGUCCGAGAGCAGAUGGAGUUCUACUUCAGCGAUGCCAACUUACACCGAGACAGGUUCUUAAAGAAAGAAAUGGAGAAAGAGAAGGAAGGAUGGAUUGACCUCUCAGUCAUCCUCAGUUUCAACAAGAUGAAGCAGUUGACUUCUGACCCCAAGAUGGUGGUGAAAUCGCUCAGGAACUCGGAACUUGUACAGGUGAAUGCAGAGAAGACGAAAGUGAGAAGAACAAAGCCACUUGCAGAACCAGUUCAGAUGGAUGAACGUACAGUAUAUGUGGAGUGUCUGCCACGUGCCGUAACCCAUGAGUGGAUCAGAACGACCUUCAGUGUGUGUGGCAAGGUCACAUACAUCAGUCUCCCUCGCUACCAGACAACGGGAGACCCCAAGGGCUUUGCCUUCAUCGAGUUUGAGAAACAGGAAGAGGCUGAGAAGGCUUGUAAGAUGCUGAACAACCCACCAGACCACAUGGCUGGGAAGAUGGGAGUCUUCCCCAAGACCAGAAAAGGACGACCCAUUCCUGUCCCUACCACUCCACAGGCAACCACAGAUCCACCUUCAGCAAGUGAUGACACCAGUACAACUCCCAAGUCUGAGAAAAAGAAGCGAAAACGUAAAAAAAAGAUGGACAAAGACAAAGCUGAGGGAGAAAACACUGAGGAAGGAGAAGGUCAACCUGGUGCUGAUCAAGAAACUAAUGUAGGAGAUGCUCCCAGUACUAAAAGGAAGAGAGAAGAAAGUACUUCUGAAUCAGAAUCAGCAGAAAAGAAGCCAAAAGUACAAGUGAAAUCUAAAGAAAAGGCUGACAAACAAGAGAAAACUAAGGAGCUGACUUCUCAGGAAGUUAAAGAGGAUGUGAAAGAAAAAACGGACACAAAACGGGAUCCUUCUGAAACAGAAGAGGGAAAAGACAGAGGGAAAGGUGGCGAAAGUAGCGUCCAUGCUGCAGUAUCGGCGCUGAUAAAGGAGGCAAGGGGGGAGGGUAGAAAACGCCGUUCCACCGACCCUGGAGCAGCUCCCUCCACAGAAGAGACACACGCUGCCAAAAAAGUCAAACCAGCGGCCAAAGACAGAGCAGAAGAAGGCAGCGUGUCAGACAGUGAGGUAUCCACCAAGGAACGGAAAGGAAAGAGGAAGCUGGAAUCAGUUCUUUCCCAGGAAACAUAUUCCAAGAGGUCAAGAGUGGAAGGUCACAAGGAGAGUGGGGAGGUGAAAAAGAUCAAAAGGAAGAGAAAGAAGAAACACAGGGAGGAAAGAAGGCGGGAAAGAGAACUGAAAAAGAGGAAGGAAGAUGUCAGAUUAAGAGUGAUUCCCAAGAAAGAGUGGUUGAAACUGAAGAACCAGUACCUGGCCAUGCAGAAGGCAAACAUGGCAAACUUGAAGAAGUCUUUGGUAGCCUGGAACUCCAGCCACCAAAAUGGCCAGGCAGCUAAAGAAGAUAAACAACCAACAGAAGCAGAGAAAACAAAGGCAGCGAGGAAAGCACCUGAGUUUGUGGAGGGAGUGGUUGUAAAGGUCAUACCUGCAGAGCCACUGGAGUCCAGACAGAAGCUAAAGGACCAGCUGCUGCCAUGUGGGGACAUUGCCUAUCUGGACAUACAGGAGGGCAUGACUGAGGGCUACAUCAGAUUCAAGACUCCCACAGGAGCACAGAAGGCAGCUGAAAAAUACAGCGAAAUUACAGCACUAAAAGGAGAGGAAGAGAAGACCUACUGGGACAAGGUCACAGCAGACUGGGAGAAGAAGUUCCAGGCACCAAACCAGAAAGACAAGAAGAAGAGAAAGAAGAUCAGGGGAACGAAGAAGUUGCUGGAGAGAGCAGAGAAGGCUGCAGCUCUACAGAGACAACACAUUCACUUUGAUGGAGACUGAACACUGAUCUUCAAGAGCAGAGAGGAAUGGGAAAAAGUCCGAAAAACAUUGUGUUUCCAGUUUCCCAACCAACCAUAGAUAAACGUACCAACAGUAACUUUUUUGUGGGACUCAACCGCUGGCAAGUUCAUAAAAUUUUGACCUAUUAUCUGAAUUCUAAAACCUUUGAAACAGUAUUUCACACAUUUGUAGAAGCCUAGACCUAGAACUGGUCACUUUGAAUUUAGAAAGACACUGCUAAUGUGGAAAGUUUACUUUAUAAGUUGUAAAAUCAAAUAUCUCAUUUACUAUAAACUUUAUGUGGUGAAACUACUUCAUUGUACAUUCACCUACAAGAUGAAAUUUGUAAGGAGUUGAUUGUAGUACAUAUACAUGU